AUGUCAAAUGGGUUUCCCAACCUCUUCUUCGCCUCUGGGAGUGGCGGCGCGGCGUCACAGAAUGCGCACAGCUUCUACAGCCUUCUUACUCGCUUAAUUGCGUACGUAUUGAAAGCGACUUUCGAAGGUGCUGAAGAUGCAAAGAAGGCCACCGUCGAGGUCGAGAAGGCCGCUGAGGACCACUGGUCAGCAGAAGUUGCGAAGCGGGCUCGCUGGUUUGCAGCAUUUCCCAGCUGUACACCGGGUUACCUGACAGGCGAAGGCCUCAUCCAGGACCAGGAAAGUCUUACGGAAGAGAUCGAAGAGCAGUUUGCUAAACAGUCGUUUUGGGGAGAAGGUAUUCUCAGUUUCCAGAAGGUUGUCGGGGUGUGGAUGGAAGAUGGGAAACUAGAUGGGUUGGUAAUAGACUCCUAA